UGUAGACUUCGGUAUGAGCAGGAGCGCACCGCCCGUACUCGUUUAGCAAGUGUAUAUAGCUAUUUAUUUAUUCAGCCAAUUUCACGUCCCCUCCUUCCCCCACCAGCAAUGACCCGCUGGAUUCCUACUAAAAAAGAGAAGUACGGAGUGGCAAUCUACAAUUAUGGUCCCAGUGGUGAGCAGGAGCUGUGUCUACAGGUGGGAGACACGGUGCACAUACUUGAGAAAUUUGAAGGCUGGUAUAGGGGCUACACGCUACGCAACAAAUCACAGAAGGGCAUUUUCCCAGCUUCCUACAUCCACUUAAAGGAGGCUACGGUUGAGGGAAUAGGCCAGCAGGAAAUAAUUAUUCCAGCAGAUCUACCCCUGGUGCAGGAGCUUGGGGCUACUCUGAGGGAAUGGGCACAGAUAUGGCACAAGCUCUUCGUGGCGAACAAGACAACGCUGUUCAGGAGUGUUCAGCAAAUGGCCUACAGCCUCAUCGAAUAUCGAUCUCAGAUAGUGUCAGGAACGCUGCCCAAGGAUGACCUUGUAGAGCUGAAAAAGAAAGUCACAGCAAAGAUUGAUUAUGGAAACCGGAUUCUGGGGUUGGACCUGGUGGUGCGAGAUGAAGCAGGGAACACACUGGAUCCUGACCGGACCAGUACGGUCAGUCUGUUCCGGGCUCACGAGACCGCGUCCCGCAGUGUUGAUGACAGGAUACAAGAAGAGAAGACGCGGCUACAAAACCUGGAAAUGAGGCGUCAGACCCUGUUCAGCACAGUACACACCUACAGUCUACUCAUGAACCUGAAGAACUUUGUUUGCAACAUUGGAGAAGAUGCUGAGCUGCUCAUGUCCCUGUAUGACCCCGACCAGUCUGAAUUCAUCAGUGAGAACUUCCUGGUGCGCUGGGACAGUAUGGGGAUGCCUAAAGAAAUUGAAAAACUCAACAACCUGCCAGCGCUAUUCACGGACCUGAGCAGCAGUGAUUUAAUGAGGCAGCGACUCUUCCUGGUGUGUCAGAUCAUCCGAGUGGGCAGCAUGGAGCUCAAAGAGGGCAAGAAACACACCGGCGGACUGAGGAGACCGUUUGGUGUGGCUGUGAUGGACAUUACAGAUGUUGCCCAUGGCAAAAUAGACGACGAGGACAAACAGCAUUUCAUUCCCUUUCAGCAGAUAGCUAUGGAAACCUACAUCCGUCAGAGGCAGCUCAUCAUGUCUCCGCUCAUGCCAUCUCGAGUCAUUGCAGAGAAUGAGCCGCUGACUGCUGUCUUCAACAAAGUCAUUGCCACGCGGGAGGUCAAUCACAAAGGCCAGGGGUUGUUUGUGACCCUGAAGCUCCUCCCGGGGGAUCUUGCCCAAGUCAGGAAAGACUACCCCCACUUUGUGGACCGCAGCACGGCUAUCGUCGGGAAAAUGGGCUUUCCAGAAAUCAUCCUCCCAGGAAACGUUAGGAAUGAUUUUUACGUAACCCUGCUGCAGGGAGAAUUUGACCGUGGUAAAAAGAAGACCCCAAAAAAUGUGGAGGUCACACUGAGUGUGCACGAUGAUGAAGGCAAUCCCAUGGAGAAAGCCAUAUUUCCUGGGGCCGGUUAUGAUGGCAUCACAGAGUACAAGUCCGUCAUCUACUACCAGGUGAAGCAGCCUUGCUGGAAUGAAACAGUGAAGGUGACAAUUCCCAUUGAAGACGUGUGCCGCUGUCACCUCAGAGUGAUGUUUCGACACAGAUCAUCCCAGGACUCCAGGGACAAAUCAGAGAAGAGCUUUGGUAUGGCCUUUGUGCGGCUCAUGAGAGGGGAUGGGACCACACUAAAAGAUGGCAAGCAUGAACUUAUCGUCUACAAGGUUGAUGUGAAAAAAGCUGAGGAUGCAAAGGUUUAUCUCACCUUGCCAGCAACCUGGGAUGAAGUGGAGGAAAAGGAGAAGCAAACAGGGAAGCAGUUCCACCAUUCAGGAGUGAUUCCUGUGACUAAAGACAGCUUCCAGAUUGCAACGCUCACCUGCUCCACUAAACUCACUCAGAACGUGGAUCUACUUGGCCUGUUAAACUGGAGGUCUAACCCUGAAGAUCUGGACCAGAUCCUGCAGAGACUGAUGGAAGUCGAGGGUGGGGAGAUUGUAAAAUUUCUCCAGGACACUCUUGAUGCCCUGUUCAACAUCAUGAUGGAGACCUCAGAAAAGGACACCUAUGAUACUCUGGUCUUCAAUGCCUUGGUAUUUAUAAUCACACUUAUUGGCGACAUAAAAUUCCAGCACUUCAACCCAGUCCUGGAAACCUACAUCAACAAGCACUUCAGUGCCACUUUGGCUUACAUGAAGCUAACUGGGGUGCUUAACUACUAUGUGGCCAAUGCCGAGGAGCCCGACCUGACUGAGAGGCUCUAUGUGGCACUCAAAGGUCUGAAGUACCUGUUCAGAUUUAUUGUACAGUCCCGGGUCCUGUAUCACAGAUUCUAUGGGAACAGUGAAGAUGGCGACGCUUUCUUCAACUCCAUUCGCACCCUCUUCUUGUCAUUCAACCAUCUUAUGGACAGACCGCUUGAUGAGGGAGUGAAGAUAAAGGGGGCAAUACUGAAAUACCUCCCCAGCAUCAUUAAUGACAUCCAGACUGUGUUUGAUCCCGUGGAGCUCAGCGUUCUCCUAGCGAAGUUCAUUGAGAGCAUUCCCGACUCUCAGCUUGUGCGUCAGAAGCUGGGCUGCAUGUGUAAAAUGGUGGAGAGUGACCUUUUCAGGCAGCCAGAUUGUCGAGACGUGCUUCUGCCACUUGUUACUGACCAGCUGAGUGGGCAGCUGGAUGACCACUCUAGUAAACCUGACCAUGAGGCCUGUGUCCAACUGCUCAGCACAGUGUUGGACAACCUGGACCGCAAGGACGUGGGUCCAACCAGAGGGCACGUUCAGCUGAUAAUGGAGCGGCUUCUUCGCAGGGUUAAUCGCACUGUCAUCAGCAUGGACAGAUCUUCCCCUCUCAUAGGCCACUAUCUUGCCUGCAUGACGGCCAUCCUGAAGCAAAUGGACGACAUGCAUUACGCCCAUUACAUCAGCACCUUCAAGACAAGACAGGAUAUCAUUGACUUUCUCAUGGAGACAUUCAUCAUGUUUAAGGACCUCAUGGGAAACGUCUUCCCCUCUGACUGGAUGAUCAUGAACCUGGUGCAGAUGCAGGUCUUUCUGAGGGCCAUCAACCAGUACUCGGACGUCCUCAACAUGUAUUUUCUGGACCAGGCGCAUUUUGAACUACAGCUGUGGAAUAACUACUUUCAUUUGACCGUGGCGUUCCUCACCCACAAGACACUGCAGCUGGAAUCCUUCUCUCAAGAGAAACGAAAUAAGAUACUGAACAAAUAUGGAGACAUGAGGAAGUCUAUUGGAUUUAAGAUCAGAGAUAUGUGGUACAAUCUCGGCCCCCACAAAAUGAAGUUCAUCCCUGCCAUGGUCGGGCCCAUUCUGGAGGUCACACUGGUGCCUCAGCCUGAACUGAGGAAAGCUACCAUCCCCAUCUUCUUUGAUAUGAUGCAGUGUGAGCACAACUUCAGCCCCGGACGAACAUUUGAAACGUUUGAGAACGAACUGAUAACAAAAUUGGAUCAAGAGGUAGAAGGAGGCCAAGGGGAUGAGCAGUACAAAGUCCUGCUGGAGAAAACGUUACUGGAGCACUGCAGACGCCACAGAUACCUGUCACAGUCAGGAGAGGAGCUGGCUCUGCUGCUGAGCAGCCUGCUGGAGAAUCUCCUGGCAUACCGCACCAUCACACAUGAUGAAAGUCCGGAGCACCGCAUGAGCUGCACCGUCAAUGUGCUGAAUUUCUACAAGGAAAAGAAGAGAGAGGACAUUUAUAUCCGGUACUUAUACAAGCUGCGAGAUCUGCACCUGGACUGUGAGAACUACACAGAGGCAGCCUACACUCUGCUGCUGCAUGCUGAAUUACUGGAGUGGUCUGACAAACCAUGCGCACCCCAUCUGAUACCUCGAGAUGGGGAGCAUGUGUGGACCCAACAGGAGCUGAAGGAGAGGCUCUUCCAGGAGAUCAUAUGUUACUUGGACAAGGGCAAGAUGUGGGAGAAGGCCAUUGAGCUGGGCAAGCAGCUGGCCAAGAUGCAUGAGGGCCACAUGUUUGACUUCAUGGAGCUCAGCCAACUGCUGAAAAAACAAGCCCAGUUCUAUGAAAAUAUAAUGCAUGCGAUGCGGCCGCAGCCAGAAUACUUUGCUGUAGGAUAUUAUGGCCUUGGAUUCCCUUCUUUCCUCAGGAACAAGGUGUUCAUCUACCGAGGCAAAGAGUACGAGUGGCUUGAAGACUUCAGUUUAAAGCUGCUCUCUCAGUUUCCAAACGCAGUCCGGAUGACCAGCACAGCCCCCCCUGGAGACAACAUCAGUAACUCCCCUGGACAGUACAUCCAGUGCUUUACUGUCAAGCCUGUUCUCACUGUGCCCCACCAGUUUAAAGACAAGGGGGUUCCAGAGCAGAUAUUAAAGUGCGUAACAGAACACUUAUAUGCUGAUUUAUUUUCUCGUGAAUACCCUGGGAUUUAUAGUUCUCUGGUCAAACCACUUACUCAUUGCUGUCCUUCCCUGUUCUCUUGCAGCUAUUACAGAACCAAUGAAGUGGAUCAGUUCCAGUAUUCCAGGCCCUUCAGGAAAGGUGAAAAGGACCCGGACAAUGAGUUUGCAACCAUGUGGAUUGAGAGAACAACUUACAUUACCGCCUAUCACUUCCCAGGGAUUCUGAAAUGGUUUGAAGUCAAAUCUGUCUCAGUGGAGGAGAUCAGUCCUUUGGAGAACGCCAUAGAAACAAUGGAGAUGGCCAAUGAAAAGCUGAGUAACCUCGUGCAGCAGCAAGCCUGCGAUCGCUCGCUGUCCAUCAACCCACUGUCCAUGAUGCUCAGUGGCAUUGUUGACCCAGCUGUCAUGGGCGGCUUCUCCAACUAUGAGAAGGCAUUCUUCACAGACGCCUACAUCCAAGCACACCCAGAGGACCAUGAGCACAUUGAGGUCCUUAAACACCUCAUCGCUCUGCAGAUCCCUCUCUUGGCAGAUGGGAUUCGCAUCCACGGGGAGAAGGCGACAGAACAGCUGAAGCCCUUACACAACCGUCUGGUUACUUGCUUCCAAGACCUUCGGGAAAAAGUGGAGAAGCAUUAUGGCGUCAUAACCUUGCCUUGCUCUCUCACUGAGAAGAAGAAGAGUCGCGUGGGCUCGGUGGUGAUGCCCUACAUCCUGUCCUCCACCCUGCGCCGCAUGUCCACUGUCUCAACCCUCUCCAAUGCAUCCUCGGGCCUCUCCAGCGGCUCUGCAUCUUCAGAUGGACCCUCCUGCAUUUCCUCCCAAGACAGUUCCUUGUUGUCCCGUCCCAGUGAUCGCAGGGCCUCUGUUCUGUCCCGCUCAGAGGAGGACAACAGGAUUGCUAGAAAGAACAGGAAGGAGUGGAGUGUGAGCAAAUCCCAGGUCUUACUGGAGAGGCAGCCCGAUGCAGAUGAGACGCCUCCAGAGAAGCAGCAGAGGCCCAAGAGUUUACAAUUAGGAGACCGACGACUUACCCUCUCCCUGUUCCAGGGUGUUUCAUCCCAGCUCAGCCUGUCUAACCCUCUCAGCCCGCUGCCUGCCUCUCCACACACACCACGCAGCUCCAGUUAUUCAUCGCUUCUCAGUGACAAUGAUGCCAAUGCCAUUGACACCCCAGGGACCCCCCCACCCAUGCCUCCGAAGAAACACCCGCACGAGAUUGACAUCCCCAGAUUCUCUUCAGAGUUCACUCCUCCACUGCCAAUGAAAACUGAGAGCAAGCCCCCUCCACCGCCUCCGAAAACACGGAAGUCUAUGUUCCCCUCGUAUGAUCACACCCCCCAGUAAGGCUACACCUACGCACAGGCCUUAACGUUGCGCUAAUUCUCUGAUCUGGCUGUGAUGAAAGUGCUGUUUCAUUUGUGGCAUUGUUGAAAUGCCACAGUAGGGUAUAGAUGCAGGGCCAUCUACGUGGGAUGUAUACAAAGAUUUUCAGCAGAAAAAAGUUCUUUCUGAUGUAAGUCAGUAAUAAUUUCUCACAGUCCUUUGUUCUCAAGUUUUAUCAGUUUUGUUUUUAAGCCGCAGGGAAGGAUAUGCAUGGGGUUGUUGACAUAAUAGUGUGCUGUUGCACAAAAACGGAACAGUGAUUUUGGGUGCAUAAGGUCACUACAGCCUUGGAAUCAGUGUGCUUUUUAAGAGGUAAUGAAACAGUAAUUAGAUGCUUUUGUUCUUGAAGAAAAGUCACUAUGGUGUUUUUAUCACUUGCAGGGAAAAGGAAUGACCAAUGUUGCAAUGUAAUAUUUUGUUUUUAUGUGUUGGAGUGACACUGGAUGAAUUCCCCCUCCCCUCCCCCCCAUCUCCCUUGCUGUUUACUGGCAUUCCACAUUUGAACAGGAACAAGCUGCAUUAGACACAUGUCAAACUUGAUCAAGAGCAGGGAAUACAGUGUACAGAAUGUAUUUGGAAGUGUAGUUAUUUUGUGUGUGAUGAUGGUGUUGAAUAAUAUUAUGCUCACACCCAAUUUCUCUAAACCGUGAUGUUUCAGAAACACUGGAUGGCAUUAUUGAAUGUGGUACGGAUUAUGCAUUCGUUCUGAUGUUUAUGAUGAACUGAAUACUGUAACUGAUGCUUCCAAACGGCAUCACAUUGAUGUUGAUGUUCGGCGGAAGUAUGGUUUUCCUUAAAGGAAUAGUUCCACAUUUUGGGAAAAAUCCUUACUUGCUCUCUUGCCGAGAGUUAGGUGCGAAAAUAGAUACCGCUCAUGUCUGUUUUUGAUAAGCACAUAGCUGGAGCCAGCAGCAGCUUAGGUUAGAUUAGCAUAAAGACUGGAAACAGGGGGAAGCAGCUUGCCUGGCUAGAAAUAGUUCAGAGGAACCCCCCCCUCAAAAACAAAUAAACAGAACUUGGUGUUUUUACACCUCAAAUUAAACAAAUGAAAAAUGACGCACUCAUUUGUGAACUUUAUUGGCACUGGCAGAUGGAUUUUGUUUCAGUAUUCAUGCUAAGCUAAGCUUACUGGCUGUCUGGCUCCAGCUACAUGUUUACUGUACAGACAUUGGUAUCAUAGGUAUCAAUCUACACCUAUAACUCAGGGCAAGGGAGUAGACAUCUCCCAAAAUUUUGAACUGCUCCUUUAAAGAACACUAACCGCUGUAUGGUACAAGCAUAAAUACCUUUGAAGUUCACUUUAGUUUUAUAUUUCAGGUGUUGGUAGAUUUUCUUUCUUUUUUUUAUCAGUUCAUUGUUGAAAUUUAAAUUAUUGCUAUUCACUGAAUUUUAAUAUUUCCGUUCUUUUGCACACCCAGUGUGUACAGAGAUGGUUUAUUUGUAUGCAGAGUGAUUGGGGUCUAAUUUCAGCAUAUCACUCUAAAGUGCACUGUUUAAAUUUUUUUUUUUAAGUUGAUGUGCCUUCAGAGUGCUAAAUCUGUGCACGUAAGCUGUUUUGAAAAUGAUCAAGUUGAAUUCACAAUUCAGUUGUCAGUGUUUUAGUUAUAUUUUUAGAUUUUAAAUUGUUUUACAAGGGAUUAACUUUUUUGUACAGUACACGUUUCCUAAUCAAAGAAACUUUAUACAAACAGUGCCUCAAGAGAUAUAUAAUGAUUUUUUUUUUUUAAUGAACAAACUAUUGUUGUCUGAACAAAAAUAAAGACCUGAGUCUUUGCUUUGU